AUGCCAACCCCGAUUCCACAGCCCCCCGGGCUUCCCUUCCUGGGAAAUCUUUUUGAUCUCAACUCGAAUGACACCUGGGGUUCAUUUAAAAGGCUCUCCGAUAAAUACGGUCCUAUCUUCAAGAUCCAGGUUCUCGGCAAGCAGAUUGUCGUUGUUGGAAAUACGUCGCUUGCUGCAGAGGUAUGCGAUGAGAAACGCUUUCGCAAAUGCACCGGGGCGGCUUCGUUCCUCGUUAUGCGCGAGGCUGUUCAUGACGCCCUCUUUACUGCCUCCGACCAUGAGCCGAGUUGGGGAAUAGCACAUCGGAUCAUGACACCUCUUAUUGCUCCAUCAAGCGAUGACGUGCGGGUGAAAGAACUGCAGGAGAUGGCAUCAGAGCUUGUUGCAAAGUGGUCUUCAGGAACGGCUCAACCGGAGCGAGUACAUGUGACGGAAGAUACGAAACGGUUGACUGUGCAAUCGGCGAUAUAUCACUUUUUUAACCAACGUCACAAUCUUCUUGGUGGAAAAGGGCCGGCUGUCGUGGAGCUACUGGAUCAAAUCUCUUGGGAAAUGGUCCAGCGGUCUAGCAGACCAAAGCUCCUUACCUGGCUCUUCUACAAUGGCGUGUACGAGAAACAAAUCCGUGACUUUCGCAAAAUCGCCGCAGACUUUAUGGCUGCAAAGAGGGCAGAGAAAACUCCCAAGCAAGAUAUGCUGCAGGCACUCUUGACCGCCAAAGAUCCCGAGACUGGAGAAUCUCUUGACGAAGAGAGGGUCAUCGAUGAGAUAAUAACCAUCGCAAUUACGUCAAACACCGCUGCUGGUCUUAUAUCAUUCGUUCUAUACUACCUGCUCAAGAAUCCCGAGGAGAUGGCGAAGGCUCGCCGCGAGAUUGACGCCGUUCUAGGAUCUAAUUCUCAGAUCACGGCGCAAGAUCUGUCAAAGCUGCCGUACCUUGAUGCAAUUUUGAUGGAGACCCUACGUCUCUCUGCCACCGCGCCGGGCUUUCUUGUUGAGCCCAUCCCAUCAGAUAAUGCUGGUGUCGUUAUGCUUGCAGGUGACAAGUAUCAGAUACCCAAGGACCAGACAGUUAUAGUAUUGCUCGCUGCUGUGAACCGCGACCCAGACGUUUACGAAGACCCAGAAGCGUUCCGGCCAGAACGGAUGAUGGGUGAAGCCUUCGAGAAACUGCCUCCUGGAGCCAAGAAGUGGUUUGGGAACGGGAAACGUUCUUGCUUCGGCAAGAGAUUCGCCCUGCAGUUGACGAUGAUUACUCUAGUCGAGAUCUUGAGGAACUUCAAUCUGGAGAUGGCAGAUCCGAACUAUCAGCUGAAGACCACGAGUAAAGAAAUUGGAGCUUUUUUCCGUUCGCCAGUAGGUUUCUACGCCUUGACUAGCCCUCGAAAGAAUCCAGUUACAGCGGAGUGA